AUGCUCCUGCGCCAGGCACCCUCAGUAGCUUGCGGUAGCUCCCGGGCGGCUCGGCACCAAUGGUCGCGCACGCCGGCGCUCGCCGUGCACGCAGCCAAGAAAGGCGGUAGCGGCGGUAAGGAGAAGAAGGGCGGCCAAAAAAAGGGCGGCGGCGCGCUGGCUGGACUUUUAAAGAAAAAGGCCGAGGGACAGGGGGCCGCAUUGGAGGAGCUCGCCACCCCCGCACAGUACGCUGACCCCGAGAUCAACCUGCUGCUGCUGUCCAUCUGCCAAAGCUACUGGAAGGCCUACAAAGAGUACCUCAUAACCGUCGACCUUCAGCACCUAGCAGAAGCGAUUUACAAGGCACCCUUUGUCUGCCUGGCCCACAACAGCUUCGAGGACGGCGUGGACGACCCCACCUUCGUGUACGCGAAUCGCGCCGCGCUGCGGCUGUUUGACGCGACAUGGGACGAGCUGGUGGGGGCGCCCUCGCGCAUCAGCGGCGACGAGUCGGUGCAGGAGGAGCGCAAUACUCUGCUGCAGCAGGCCGCGGCCACCGGCGCCGUGGAGAACUGCGAGGGGUGGCGGCGCUCGCUCAAGGGGCGCCGGUUCAAGAUCAAGGGGGGGCGGCUGUUCAACGUCUCCGAGAUCACUGGGGACCUGUAUGGUCAGGCCGUGGUCUUCUCGCAGUACGAGGAGGAGGAUGGGUCACUGGUGACCGUCCAGGGUGACGCGCCGCCAGCUGUCGAGCUGCCGCCCACUGAAGAGGACCUGGCGGCUGCGGAGGCGGCGGUGACAGAGCAGGGCGCGGCGGUGCGGGCGCUGAAAGAAGAGCGGGGGCUGACAAACCAGGACCCCGAGGUGGUCGCAGCCGUGGCGGAGCUCAAGGCGCGGAAGGAGGCGCAGGCGGCGCUGCAGCGGCGGUGGGAGGACAUGGUGGGCAGCACCAUAGAGAGCCUCGAGGAGGACGACGAGUGA